AUGAUGUCUUAUCUUAAGCAACCGCCUUAUGCAGUCAAUGGGCUGAGUCUGACCACUUCGGGCAUGGACUUGCUGCACCCUUCGGUGGGCUACCCGGGGCCCUGGGCUUCUUGUCCCGUAGCCACCCCUCGGAAACAGCGGCGGGAGAGGACGACGUUUACCCGAGCGCAGCUAGAUGUGCUGGAAGCACUGUUUGCCAAGACCCGAUACCCAGACAUCUUCAUGCGGGAGGAGGUGGCGCUGAAAAUCAACUUGCCUGAGUCCAGGGUACAGGUAUGGUUUAAGAAUCGAAGAGCUAAGUGCCGCCAACAGCAGCAGCAACAGCAGAAUGGAGGUCAAAACAAAGUGAGGCCUGCCAAAAAGAAGACAUCUCCUGCCCGGGAAGUGAGUUCAGAGAGUGGAACAAGUGGCCAAUUCACUCCCCCCUCUAGCACCUCAGUCCCAGCCAUUUCCAGCAGCAGUGCUCCUGUGUCUAUCUGGAGCCCAGCUUCCAUCUCCCCACUGUCAGAUCCCCUGUCCACCUCCUCUUCCUGCAUGCAGAGGUCCUAUCCCAUGACCUAUACUCAGGCUUCAGGUUAUAGUCAAGGAUAUGCUGGCUCAACUUCCUACUUUGGGGGCAUGGACUGUGGAUCUUAUUUGACCCCUAUGCAUCACCAGCUUCCUGGACCAGGGACCACACUCAGUCCCAUGGGUACCAAUGCAGUCACCAGCCAUCUCAAUCAGUCCCCAGCUUCUCUUUCCACCCAGGGAUAUGGAGCUUCAAGCUUGGGUUUUAACUCAACCACUGAUUGCUUGGAUUAUAAGGACCAAACUGCCUCCUGGAAGCUUAACUUCAAUGCUGACUGCUUGGAUUAUAAAGAUCAGACAUCUUCGUGGAAAUUCCAGGUUUUGUGA